GCCGCUUUAAAGCAGUGCUGAGCAAUCUCAUUUUUCACACGUCUCCUGUAGUCAAACUGCCCCUGUCAGAGGAAAGGAGUUGCUUCCUGUUAUUUCCAUUGAAAUACUUGUCCUAGUCGUUAGCCGGCAGGCUUUUGCAGGAUGGCACCGUGCGCGCAGAUGGGCUCCGGCCGGCUCUCCCGAGGGCUCCUGCUGCUCUGGGCGCUCCUGGGGACCGGGCUCUGCCACGUGGGCGCUGAGGUGGAGGGUUUUGGCCAGGAUGCCAGGACGAGUCCACCCAUGGCCCUGUUGAACUGGACAGCCCAGCUCGUGGAGGAGACGUACAGCAACAUCACACAGAAGUGCUGGGAGUUGUUCGUCGACCUGAUGAGGAACGUGACGGUGUCGGAGCUGUGCGAGUGGAAAGUCAUCAGCAGGCCCUACAGCUUGCUGCAGUCCUGCCUGGAGAACUGGGCCGACCACCUGCGCUACGGCUACCCCAACGCGCUGGCGGAGCAGUACAUCUUCCAGAGCCACCACCGCUACUUCCACAACUGCACCCUGGAGCACCAGGUCUACUUUGACCCACCCGAGGACGUGCUGCUGGCCAUGAUCAUUGCCCCCAUCUGCCUCAUCCCCUUCCUGGUCACCCUGGUCAUCUGGCGCAGCAAGGACGGCAAGGCCCAGCCCUAGCGCCGCUGCCCGGGCACCCGCAGCCGACGGCCGGCCGCCCCGCCUCGCCGCCCCACGGCGGGCACACGGCGGGCAGCGGUGGCCCUGCGGGUCCUGCGCCCGGGCGCUGCCCCACGCUUCCCUCCCCCCGCCCGGCUGCGGGGCCACCGGCCGCUCAAGCAGCCCUGGGGGGCACCGCCCCCGGGGGGGCCUCCCGAGGUUACCGGCACACGGUGCCCGUCCCCGCCCCCCGCCUAACCGCCGGCCCCACGGCUGGGAAUUAAACGCUUCUUCCCC